GAAACGUGUGAAACAUUCAGUCGCGGCAUCCAAACGUCGCGAAUUGCGAACUUUCACAAACACGGCCACGAAAACUGAGAUUCUUUUUCUCGCUUGCCUCGUUCGCUUGCUCGAGAAUAUAUACAAGUCGAGAAGUUCCGACGCCUGUCAGACGAGCCACACUGCAGUGAACCCACUGCCAUCGACAGCUCCUUCGCAACAAUGGACAAGAACCUUACCAACUUGCUUCGAUGGAGCAUCGAGCACUCCUCCCCGUCAUCCCGCCCAGCCGCCAACGGCACCACAGCCGUGACCACCCCAUCCACAGACAGCGGCAACGACAACGCCAACUCCACAACCGCCACCUCCCCGUCCCCGGCGGCAACAGCGAGUAACCUCAAUCCGGAACUCCUAUCGACCCUCUUCGGCGGGCCGUCCGAGGCGGAGCUGAUGCGCGCCGCGAUGGAGGUGAUCACGGACGGGGAGGCGACGCUGGAGAACAAGCUCAUCGCGUUCGACAACUUCGAGCAGCUGAUCGAGUCGCUGGACAACGCCAACAACCUGGAGCCGCUGGCGCUGUGGACGCCGCUGCUGGGGCUGCUGGCGCACGAGGAGGCGGAGCUGCGCCGCAUGGCGGCGUGGUGCGUCGGCACGGCGGUGCAGAACAACGUGCGCUGCCAGGAGCGGCUGCUCGCCAUGGGCGGCAUCGCGCCGCUGGUCGGGCUGGCCACUCGCGAGUCCGAGAGCGCCGCCGUGCGCCGCAAGGCCGUCUACGCCCUCAGCUCGGCCGUCAGGAAUUACCAGCCUGCCAUGGACGCGGCCGCGGAGGAGUUGAGGAAAGGCGGGCUGGAGGUUGGGCAGGCGGGCAAGGUGGAUGCGAGCAAUAUGGAUGCGGUGGAUGAGCUUAUUGCGUCGUUGAAGAGGAGGAUUGGUGCGGAGGCGUAGAGGAAUCUUUGCAUUCACAAGCUACUGGGAACAAAACUGGGUGCUUCAGUGGUGGGAUGGAGCCGGCUUUUUUCGUUUCCUCUGCAUUGGCGGCGUUUCGGGCUGGGUUCCGGCAUUUAGACUUGAUU